CGCUGUACGGACUGAGCGGCCUUCUCCUGUCCUGUAGGUGGCAGUUGAGUGCAAACACUCCCAAUACUUCCCAAACCAACAAUCCAGAACAGUUAGUGGAAGGGACAAAAAAUAAAGCUGCUAAUGGAAGACAGACUUAAGGAGCAUGACACACGAGAAGACACAUCAGCUGUUAGACAUCGAAAAGCAUGCAAGGUAAACGAGGUCGGGGAACGUCUCCCCCACGCCAAACCGGUGUCUCCGCUCUCUGGGGUCAGUGAAAAACCCAUAACAUACAAUCCUGCUGGUAGACUGACUUCUAAUGGGGAAUAUAAAAGGUUUCCCAGACGAGAUGGACCUCUUGGAUCUCCCUGCAGGAAUGACAGCGUUUACACUCUGGUCGUGGUGGUCGUGCUGUCUGUAUGUACACGCUUUUAUAAGAUCGCCGAACCUACACAUGUAUGUUGGGAUGAGACGCAUUUUGGGAAAAUGGGAAGCUAUUACAUCAAUCGCACCUUUUUCUUUGAUGUCCAUCCACCCCUUGGAAAGAUGCUGAUCGGUCUUGCUGGAUACCUGACGGGCUAUGACGGCACCUUUCCUUUCAUAAAACCAGGGGACAAAUAUGAGCACCACAAUUACGUGGGAAUGAGAGGGUUUUGUGCAGCUCUUGGUUCAUGUCUGCCUCCUUUUGCCUUCCUUAUUGUCCUGGAGCUGUCCAGUUCCACCCCAGCAGCUCUCGUCGCGGCAUGUCUGCUUAUCUUUGACACUGGCUGCAUCACCGUUUCUCAGUACAUUCUUCUGGAUCCCAUUCUGAUGUUUUUCGUCAUGGGAUCUGUUCUGUGCAUGGUCAAAUUCAACACACAGAGCCUAAGACCUUUCAGCUUUUCUUGGGGGUUGUGGCUGCUUCUGACCGGGGUGUGCCUCUCUGGGUCACUUGGGGUCAAGUUUGUGGGUUUGUUCGUCAUUCUGCUGGUGGGACUCAACACUGUUUCGGAUCUCUGGAUGUUACUUGGGGACCUCAGUUUGUCUCUGAUGGAUUUUGGAAAGCACUUGCUCGCUCGAGUUUUUGGAUUGAUAAUGCUCCCGUUGUUCCUGUACACCACAAUAUUUGCUGUCCACUUUAUUGUCUUAAACAGAAGCGGGCCUGGAGAUGGUUUCUUCAGCUCUGCUUUCCAGUCAUGCUUAAUUGGAAACAACCUUCACAACGCCUCCAUGCCAGAGUAUCUGGCAUAUGGCUCUAUCAUAACAGUGAAGAACUUGCGGAUAGCAGGAGGUUAUUUGCAUUCGCACUGGCAUCUUUACCCAGAGGGAGUUGGAGUUCAGCAGCAGCAGGUGACAGCCUAUAUGCACAAAGAUUAUAACAACCUGUGGUUGGUUAAGAGACCUGACGACUCUGAUGAUUUCACAGGGACCCCAGAGCUCGUCCGACAUGGGGACAUCAUCAGACUGGAACACAAAGAAACUACCAGGAAUCUUCACAGUCAUUACCACAAAGCUCCUCUGACCAAAAAACACCAGCAGGUCACUGGUUACGGUAUUAAUGGGUCUGGAGAUCUUAAUGACUUGUGGCAGGUGGAGGUGUGUGGAGGUAAGAACGGAGAUCCAGUAAAGGUCCUGCGUAGUAAAGUGCGUUUUCUCCAUCGCUCCACGGGCUGCGUGCUCUACUCUUCUGGAAGGACCCUCCCUAAGUGGGGGUGGGAGCAAGUUGAAGUCACGUGUAGUCCUUAUGUCAAAGAGACCCCCAAUUCACAGUGGAACAUUGAGGAUCACAUCAAUCCUAAAUUGCCAAACAUCAGUCUGUCUGUGCUUAAACCCACUUUCCUGGAGGUUCUUUGGGAGUCUCAUAUUGUAAUGAUCAGGGGAAACAGUGGCUUGAAACCCAAAGACAAUGAAGUAAAUUCAAAGCCAUGGCACUGGCCCAUCAAUUAUCAGGGUUUGAGGUUUUCGGGAGUUAAUGAGACAGAGUAUCGAGUUUAUCUCCUGGGAAACCCAAUAACCUGGUGGCUUAACCUGUUCAGCCUGGGUCUAUUUGUUGUCAUGGCAACAGUGCUUGCAGUGGCAGUUCAGAGAGGAGUGAAUCUGCAGGAACAGAGGAAAGUGCGCUAUAACACACUGAUGGAGGGUGGAGGAAUUUUGUUUCUGGGUUGGAUGUUACACUAUCUACCCUUCUACAUCAUGGGUCGCGUACUCUACUAUCACCAUUACUUCCCUGCGAUGCUGUUUAGCAGUAUGCUUACAGGUAUUACACUGGACAUUUUCCUGAAGAAUUUAGACAUCAUAUUUAGGCCAUCCAUUGCCCGUUAUUUUUGGAGAGGAGGUCACUCAAUACUCAUUUUAGGGUUUAUCUACAGCUUUUACCUCUUCCACCCACUCUCCUAUGGUAUGAGUGGGCCGCUGGCAGAUGACCCCGCCUCCUCAAUGGCAGGUCUCAAGUGGCUGGACUCCUGGGAAUUUUAGACCUUUUCAAAGUGCUUGAAACUUGAUGAAACACUAGAUUCGUUGUUACCUAUGGACUGCUGCUACACAUAACUGACUGACAAGUGGAGGAAGACAUUUUUCUUGCAUGAAGUAUAAUUUUUUAAGAAUAUAGAUAGAUUCUAUCAGUGUUUCUCUUUGUAGGUUUACUUUCAUUACACAUUUAGUAAUUUCAUUGCUGAAUGACAGUAUUUACUUUCAUGUUAGAAAACAUCAUGACAUUUAAGUAGUAUUUUACACUACAGUUGAAUUUAAAAUACAGUUGGACUGAAAUAAAUUGAAAUAAGCAAUAAAGUGCCUUCCCGGUU